CCUGGACCAGUUGGAAUUCAAGGUCCAACAGGUCCUCAAGGAUUUGCUGGCCCUGUUGGUUUAGCAGGGCUGAAAGGAGAAAGGGGCUCCCCAGGCCCUCUGGGACCAUAUGGACCAAAAGGAGAUAAGGGUCCCCUGGGAGUUCCUGGCUUUCUUGGCAUCAAUGGGAUUCCGGGCCACCCUGGACCGCCAGGCCCCAGAGGUUCACCUGGCCUGGAUGGCUGUAAUGGAACUCAAGGAGCUGUUGGUUUUCCAGGCCCUGAUGGCUAUCCUGGGCUUCUCGGGCCACCCGGGCUUCCUGGUCAGAAAGGUUCUAAAGGUGAAUCUGUCUUUGCUCCAGGUAGUUUCAAAGGAAUGAAGGGGGAUCCUGGCCUGCCCGGACUGGAUGGAAUCACUGGCCCACAAGGAGCACCCGGAUCUCCUGGAGCUGUAGGACCCAUAGGACCACCAGGAUUGCAAGGUCCUCCAGGCCCCCCUGGUUUCCCUGGUCCUGAUGGGAAUAUGGGGUUAGGUUUCCAAGGAGAAAAAGGAGUCAAGGGGGAUGUUGGACCCCCUGGCCCUCCAGGACCUCCACCAUCUACUGGGGAACUCGAAUUCAUGGGAUUUCCCAAAGGAAAGAAAGGAUCCAAGGGUGAACCAGGGCCUAAGGGUUUUCCAGGCAUCAGUAUCCCUUCAGGCUUCCCGGACUUUGAAACUAUUGGAGAAAAGGGAGAAAAAGGAAUCCCCGGUUUGCCAGGACCUAGGGGUCCCAUGGGUUCAGAGGGAGUAGAAGGCCCUCCAGGGAAACAGGGCAAAAAGGGCUCCCCAGGGUUCCCCGGGCUUAAUGGACUUCCAGGAAUUAAGGGUGAAAAAGGUGGCACUGGCCUGCCAGGCCCAGACAUUUUCAUCGAUUUGGAUGGUGCUGUGAUCCCAGGUUAUCCUGGAGACCCCGGUGAACCAGGCCUCCCAGGCCUUAAAGGAGAUGAAGGCAUCCCAGGCCUGCAUGGCCCUUCUGGGGUUCCCGGCUUCCCAGCUUUACCAGGUGUUCCAGGUGAACUAGGGCCUCAGGGAUUUCCAGGCCUGAAGGGGGACCAGGGAAACCCAGGCCGCACCACAAAUGGAGCAGCUGGCCUCCCUGGCAGAGAUGGUUUGCCAGGCCCGCCAGGUCCACCAGGCCCAUCAGGCCCACCUGGUUCAGUACUUGAGACUGGAACCCUACACAACACAGAGCCAGGGUUCCCUGGUCUCCGAGGAGAACGAGGUCCAAAAGGAAAUCCAGGCCUCAAAGGUGUAAAAGGAGACUAUGGUUUUUGUGCUUGUGAUGGUGGUGUCCCCAACACUGGACCACCUGGGGAACCAGGCCUGCCUGGGCCACAAGGUCUCAUAGGCCUUCCAGGCCUUAAAGGAACCAGAGGAGAUCCAGGAUCUGGGGGCACGCAGGGCCCACCAGGGGCUCCAGGCUUAUUUGGGCCUCUAGGUCUUGUGGGCCUCAAAGGAGAGAAGGGGGAGCCAACUCUCAGUACAGGAUCAGGGAUGCCAGGAGAACAGGGUAAUCCUGGCCCCCAGGGGUUUCCUGGUGUGACAGGAGCCGCAGGCAAGGAUGGAGUACCAGGUUUACCAGGUCUGCCAGGCCUUCCAGGUGAUGGUGGACAGGGAUUCCCAGGUGAAAAGGGGUUACCAGGACUUCCUGGUGAAAAAGGCCAUCAUGGUCCAACUGGCCCCCCAGGAAUUGGGCUGCCAGGGCCUCCUGGACCUCGUGGGCUUCCUGGAGAUAAAGGAAUAGAUGGAUUACCAGGACAACAAGGCCUUCCUGGAUCCAUGUUACCAUUUGCAGGAAUCACCUUGCCUUGUAUUAUUCCUGGGUCAUACGGUCCACCAGGAUUGCGAGGAACUUCUGGAUUCCCAGGCCCUAAAGGCGCCCGUGGCCUCCCUGGGACUCCAGGCCAGCCCGGAUCACGUGGAAAUAAGGGAGAACCCGGAAGUCCAGGAUUGGUUCGCCUCCCUGAAUUGCCAGGAUUUCCUGGACCUCGUGGGGAGAAGGGCUUGCCUGGGUUUCCUGGGCUCCCUGGAAAAGAUGGCUUACCCGGGAAGGUUGGAAGUCCAGGUUUACCAGGUUCCAAGGGAGGCCCUGGUGACAUCUUUGGUGCUGAAAAUGGUGUUCCGGGAGAGCAAGGCCUACAGGGAUUGCCAGGGGACAGAGGAUUUCCUGGAGACUCUGGCCUUCCGGGACCUGAGGGUUUGCCUGGGAAGUCUGGCUUGCUAGGCCCCAAAGGUGAGCCGGGCAGCCCUGGAACACCAGGACAUGUGGGACAAGCGGGCCCCUCAGGGUCUGGUGGUCUGUAUGGCAUCAAGGGCAAAUCCGGGCUCCCAGGAGCACCAGGCUUUCCAGGCAUUUCAGGACAUCCUGGAAAGAAAGGUCCAAGAGGCGAGACAGGUCCCCCCGGAUCAACUGGAAAGAGAGGUCUGCCUGGGCUGAAAGGCCUUCCUGGAUCUCCGGGGCUAAUUGGCUUCCUGGGGAGCCCAGGCCUGCCAGGGGGCACUGGGUUGCCAGGCCUCCCAGGCCCGAAGGGUGAGAAGGGGUCCGUGGGACUGAUAGGUUUUCCAGGGAUGCCAGGUCUCCCUGGUAUUCCUGGUGCAAGUGGACUGAAGGGAAUUCCUGGGUCAGCUGGAAAAGUGGGGACACCUGGACUGGCUGGUAGUCCUGGUGAAAAAGGAGACAGAGGCCAUCAGGGGCCAGUCGGAAUACCCAGCCCAAGACCUCCAAUGCUGAACCUUUGGUUCAAAGGAGACAAAGGCUCUCAGGGAUCAGCCGGAUCAGAUGGAUUUCCUGGGCCCAGAGGUGACAAAGGAGAGGCUGGCCGCCCUGGGCCACCAGGCCUUCCUGGAGCUCCUGGCUUCCCCAAUACCAUCAAAGGACUUACUGGGAGGCCAGGUCUCCCUGGCUCUACAGGACCACGGGGCUUAUUUGGCCCGAAGGGAUCUCCUGGGAUCACAGGUUUCCCAGGAAUGCCAGGAGAAAGUGGUCCACAGGGUCUCAGUGGGACUCCCGGGAUCCCAGGAGCAUCUGGUCUCCCAGGCUCAAAAGGAGAUAAAGGCCAGACGAUUGAAAUUUCCGGCAGCCCAGGACCCAAGGGACAACCUGGGGAAUCUGGUAUGAAAGGUGCGAAAGGAAAACAUGGAGUAGUUGGUGAUGUUGGUUUACCAGGAAACAAAGGUGAAGAUGGAAAAGCUGGUAUUUCUGGAGAUGUUGGCCUCCCUGGAUCCCCAGGACUUCCAGGGAUUGCAGGUAUGAGAGGAGACCCAGGACUUUCAGGUCCCUCUGGUCUUCCAGGGACAGCUGGGCCCCUGGGACCCUCUGGCCUAACAGGACCCAAAGGUUUCCCUGGACUUCCUGGUUUACAUGGACUCAAUGGGCUUCCAGGCACCAAGGGUACCCAUGGCACUCCAGGACCCAGUAUAACCGGUGUGCCUGGGCCUGCUGGCCUGCCUGGUCCCAAAGGGGAAAAGGGUUCUCCAGGAGUUGGCAUCGGAAGUCCAGGGAAGCCAGGCCUGAGGGGACAGAAAGGUGGCCGAGGUUUCCCAGGUCUCCAAGGCCCUGCUGGUCUACCUGGUGCCCCAGGCAUCUCCUUGCCCUCACUCAUAGCGGGACAGCCUGGUGACCCUGGGCGACCAGGCCUAGAUGGAGAACGAGGCCGCCCAGGCCGCCAAGGGCCCCCAGGUCUCCCUGGGCCAUCCUCGGAUCAAGGUGACCCCGGAGAUCCUGGCUUUCCUGGAAUUCCAGGCCCUCAAGGGCCCAAGGGAGACCUAGGAAUUCCAGGUUUCUCUGGCCUCCAUGGAGAGCUAGGACUGAAAGGCAUGAGAGGUGAGCCUGGCUCCAUGGGAACUCCAGGCAAGCUUGGGCCACCUGGAGACCCAGGAUUUCCCGGGAUGAAGGGGAAGGCAGGGCCAAGAGGUUUUUCCGGUCCCCCAGGUGCUCCUGGAAAAACACCAAUUGCAGAAACCGUCCAGGUUCCUCCUGGACCCAUGGGCCUACCAGGCAUUGAUGGCGUCCCCGGCCUCACAGGAGAGCCUGGGGUUCAAGGCCCCAUCGGCCUACAAGGCCCCAAAGGUUUUCCUGGCAUUUCUGGCAAGGAUGGCCCCAGUGGGCUCCCAGGCCCGCCUGGCACUCUUGGUGAUCCUGGUCUCCCUGGACUGCAAGGCCCUCCAGGAUUUGAAGGGGCUCCGGGGCAGCAAGGGCCUUUUGGAAGGCCCGGAAUGCCUGGCCAGAGCGUGAGAGUGGGCUACACAUUGGUGAAGCACAGCCAGUCGGAACAGGUGCCCCUGUGUCCUGUUGGGAUGAGCCGGCUGUGGGUGGGAUACAGCUUGCUGUUCGUGGAGGGGCAGGAGAAAGCCCACAACCAGGACCUAGGGUUUGCUGGCUCCUGCCUGCCCCGCUUCAGCACCAUGCCCUUCAUCUACUGCAACAUCAAUGAAGUGUGCCACUAUGCCAGGCGGAACGAUAAAUCCUACUGGCUCUCCACCACCGCCCCCAUCCCCAUGAUGCCCGUCGGCCAGUCCCAGAUUCCCCAGUACAUCAGCCGCUGCUCUGUAUGUGAGGCACCUUCGCAAGCCAUUGCCGUGCACAGCCAGGACAUCACCAUCCCGUCGUGUCCCUUGGGCUGGCGCAGCCUCUGGAUCGGGUACUCCUUCCUUAUGCACACUGCGGCAGGUGCCGAGGGCGGAGGCCAGUCCCUCGUCUCACCGGGCUCCUGCCUGGAGGACUUUCGGGCCACUCCUUUCAUCGAGUGCAGUGGUGCCCGGGGCACCUGCCACUACUUUGCCAACAAGUACAGUUUCUGGCUGACAACAGUGGAGGAGAGGCAGCAGUUUGGAGAGGAGCCUGUGUCUGAAACGCUGAAAGCUGGGCAGCUCCACACCCGGGUCAGCCGCUGCCAGGUGUGUAUGAAGAGCCUGUAGUGCGGCACCCGUCUGCCCUUAGUCCUCCUCUGCGCCCCCGCCACGGUCACCUCACAAACCCGAAAGGUCUGAAGAAGGAAGGCCUGAGCCCUUUUGUCUGUCAAGGAGUACGUUGGAGUCUCAUUUGGGCUGGACUACUGGACACUGGUCACCCCAACCCUCAGGCCCAAUAGAGGAGCCCACCCUACUGAGAUCUGCUGUCCCAUUUCAGUCAACCUGGUGCUACCAUUUGAUGGGGAUGCUUGCCUGACUAUUCAUGGCUACCUCAGAAAGAUUUGCUGGGCCACAACCAUCUUAGAUUGCUAGCUUGCCUCACUGUCUUGAUCAGAAAGCUCUUCAUAAUAGCCAGUAAGUCAUUUCUUUAUGUCCAGAGUCACCACACAUAAUUCGGCUUAAAGCAGAACCCAGUGUUUCUGCAUUUAAAACAAAAUUCUCCAGCUGAACAUUCGAACAUUCAUGGAUGACUCAUCUGCAUAGGGCAGUCCCUCACUGUUCAAGGAGGCCCACUGCAUCUAGGCAGGCGGCAGAACUGGAAUGAGGUGCCAGCCAGUAGGCCGGGGUGAGAUUUGACUCGUUCCAGAGUGAGCUAAACUGGGCCCCAUAUUGCUUAGGGAUGCCUGAAGGCCAGCAGUUGAGAGGGCUCACUAACUUCACACAGUCCUAGACAAAUCACUUCCUCCUUGCCGGCUCUCUCCUCAGCCAGAGACAGAGGACUUGGCCAGGUCCAAAGUAGAGUAGAGGAUGCAACAAAUGUGGCCAAGGCCAUAAAAGGAAAUGAGAACCACAGCCCUUUUUCCUGGGCCGGCAGUAGAGGGGCGGAUGAGUAAGAAGGUGUGAAUUUUGCUUUUGACUCCAGGAACAAAAAGGUAAACCCCACGUUCCAAUUCCUCAGAAGUCCCUGUUUAUUCAAAAUGCCAUCCAGAUGUGUGCAAUGUGGCCAACUGAAGUUGCAGUGGGUUGGUUCCUUUGCAUUCUGAGGCUAUUAAAGACUUUCCAUUAAAGUGUUCAUCCAACUGCUCUUCCACAGGUAGCCUAUUAAACUAUUAUGCUUUUAAAACCUCAUAAAAAUCUAGCACACUCCUCUCAUUAACCGUUAGCAGAACUAAAGCAAACCUGAGUUGGCUAUGAAGCGUAUUGUAUUCUGUUUGGGCAGAUUUGUUUUAGCCAUUUUCUUUAAUUACCGGUUUCCCAGAAUACUCUUAACUAUGUUGACAUGAGGCAAUUCCUUCCAGGUGAUUCUGUUUCCUUAACUAUUAUGUAAACUGUGCCAAAGCAGACAAAGCAUAAUCAGUAUAAUCUCAAUUACUGUUACCUUCACCUCCUAGAUGAAUAAUAAGCAUGGUGUCAGCUUUGUAUAUAACAAAUAAAAUGAAUGAAAUCUGAA